CGAUAUCCCUGUUCCGGAAGUCUAUCUAGAUACAUACACCGCCAGUGAGGGCCGACUUGCGAUGAGUGUCGUUCCUGGUACUCCACUGAAAGACGUGUAGGAUAGUCUGGAUGAUAAGAAAAAGAGGGACGUCUGUAUUGAGACCUGGGCUAUUAUUGCAAAACUACGAAUGAUUCAAAAGCCUCCCGAGUUGCAACAUCACUUCCUCUAUCUUUCUGAUGGCUCGCCCUGUAUCCAGGACCCACUGGUAGCAGGCUGUAACUGUGCAAGCCCUCCUCAUGAUCCCUUUCUCAAUGAUGACGCUGUUCGCGCUCGUAUCUACGAGUGCUACUACGAGUCAAACAGUCGAAGAUAUGAAAAGGAGCUACCGGACAUGCUUCCCCGCUCUGAGGUCUCGGUUUUCUCACACGCAGAUAUCGGGCCAUAUAAUAUCAUGUUUGAUGAGAAGGCGUUGAAUAUCACUGGUCUUAUCGACUGGGAAAGAGCCGGGUGGUAUUCGGAUUACUGGGGGUAUUCUAAUAUCAUGAGACCUAUGGUGUACAGGACUGGUAGAAAUGGAUGGAUAUGACAUCUCCGGGGAAACGGGAUUUGUAUGGGAUUAAUGCGGCAAGUGGUGUUCGUCUUCAGAAAUCUAUGUAUCAGACCUACACGAUGGGCGACUACACAGUCAAGCGUAUUGGCCUGCGCGAAUUAGCCAUGAAUAACGACAUCCCCCCAACACACCCACGAACAUGAAUCCCAACCUGGGAACCAUACACAGCCUCAGAGCACCCUCAGUCUGCCCGA